AUGGGUGCAGCAAAGUUUUCAUUGAUUUCUUUCUUCUCUAUUCUCACCGCUGCUUUAUUACUUGAGCAACUCCGCACAAAACAUCCUAUUCAUGUUGACGGAACAGUCGAAAGAGGCUUCGAAAAAGUGAGAGAAGUAUUCGUCAAAAAUUUUGUGGAUGGAUGGGAGCGAGAUGGAGCUUCUUUGGCGGUCUUCGUCAAUGGGACGAAAGUCGUGGAUCUUUGGGGAGGUUAUGCCGACCUACAGGCAGCGAGAAAGUGGAAGCAGGACACAAUGUCCAUCACGUUUUCAACAACCAAAGCUGUAGCUGCCGUAUGUGUAGCGAUGCUUGUUGAGCGUGGGAGGCUCCGCUACGACGACCUUGUUUCCACACAUUGGCCCGGAUUUGCCAAACACGGAAAAGGAAAUAUUACUAUCCAGAUGGCGCUUUCCCAUGAGGCAGGCCUCGGCUAUUUGGAUACCCCAAUAACGGAAGAAAUCGCUGCUGACCACAACAGAAUGAGAGAAAUUCUGGAAAAUGAGCAUCCAAAAUGGGAGCCUGGGCGAAAGAAUGGAUAUCAUCCAUUCACAUUUGGAUGGAUUGUUGAUCAAAUCGUACGCCACGUUGACGAGAAAAAGCGCAGCAUUGGACAAUUCCUCAGAGAGGAGAUCACUAACCCACAUCACAUCGACUAUCACAUUGGAUUACCACUAGAGGAAGAAUACAGAGUAGCCAGGGUCACAGUUCCGUCAAUGUGGGAACGGUUCGCUGAGGUGUUGUACGAUUGGCGGGUCUCAUGGUACUUCCUUGCACUCUGGAAGUUGGCUAGGGAUACUCCACUAUCACGAGCCGUCAACAACCCCUCGUGGUUACAAGCGGUCGACAAAUGUACGAUGAACAAUCCCGAGUAUCAUCGUUUGGAACAGGCAGCUGCUCUUGGGAUCGGAAACGCCAGAUCAUUAGCCGCUAUUUUUAAUCUUGUUGCGACGAAGAAACUGAUAGGUGAUCAGAUGCUCAAUCGUCUACAACAUCACUACAACAACGACACAGAUGUGAUCUUCGACGACAAAAUUGCCAAGGGACAUGGAUUCCUCUACCUGCCUCUUCAUAGAGCUGGCACCGAGUUCCUCGUUGGCCACACAGGGCAUGGAUGUCAGCAAGUGGCCUAUGAUCUGAAGAACAAAAUUUCCAUUGCGUAUGUCAGCAACGGCUUGAAGACAGGUCUAUACAACUUGUGCAGAACUUACAGUAGGCUGCAAGACGCUGUAUACGACAUCGUAGAAUCGAAACUCAGCAACCAGGCAAACGUUUUAUAG